GCUCCCGCAGUGGCACAGGCAGAUAGCGGCGGGGAAUCCCUUAUUGCUUCCCUCCCUCCUUCCAUCCCCGGAGUGCUCCGAGCUCGGUACUCCCAUGACUCUGAACCGUGGUGACAAGCUGCGCUGCCUGGACAAGCGGCGCGGCAGCAUGCCCUUCUCCGCGCACCAGCACCUGCACCGGCGCAGCAUGCCCGUGGACGAGAGGGACCUGCGGGCUGCCCUGCCGCAGGGCGAGCUCUCCAGCCUGGUGCGCUGCACUUCGUACAGCCCCGGCGAGGAGCAUCGGGAGAGCUGGACCUCCGACUCCUCUGACUCCGUCAUCUCCUCGGGCAGCGAUUCCGACAGCAACCUCUACAAGGUGAUCCUGUUGGGCGAGCACGGCGUCGGCAAGACCAGCCUGGCGCGCAUCUUCGGCGGCGUGGAGGACUGCGCGGACGCGGAAGAGGCCGGAAAUACAUAUGACAGGUCAAUUAUAGUUGACGGAGAAGAAGCGUCUCUCGUGGUGUUUGAUAUAUGGGAGCAGGGUGACAGUCAAUGGCUUCAGAACCACUGUAUGAAAAUGGGAGAUGCCUACAUUAUUGUAUAUUCAGUGACAGACAAAGUUAGUUUUGAAAAGGCCUCUGAGCUAAGAAUCCAGCUAAGAAGAGCAAGGCAAACAGAAGACAUUCCUAUUAUUCUUGUGGGCAAUAAAAGUGAUCUGGUGAGGUCCCGGGAAGUCUCAGUGGAUGAGGGACGGGCAUGUGCUGUUGUGUUUGACUGCAAAUUCAUUGAGACCUCAGCUGCUCUUCAUCAUAACGUCAAGGACCUGUUUGAAGGUAUUGUUCGGCAAAUUAGACUCCGCAAGGACAGUAAAGAAGACAAUGCGAGGAGAAUGGCCAACACAAAAAGAAGAGAAAGCAUAGGCAAAAAGGCAAAGCGAUUCCUUGGGAGAAUUGUGGCAAAGAACAAUAAGAAGAUGGCUUUCAAAGCAAAAUCCAAGUCUUGCCAUGACUUAUCAGUGCUUUAG